AUGGCUUCGCAGGAUUUUGAGGAUCUCUUCUCAACGUUGAUGGUUAGCCUACCGCUCACGCCGCACCGAGUGCGGUUUCAGAAGGUGGAGCACACCUUUACCUCCGAGGAAGCAGUUACGAACCUGGGCUCCUUAAAGUUCUCGCAAUCAAAUCGCAUGCCAGAUCCGAAAGACCCGUCGAGGAUAGUAACGACGACGACGACGACUACUUUCUCCAUGGCGAAAGAGAUGGCUCGCUCCGUGUGUCAAAAGUUCUUGGAGGCCAGAUUCAUCGAGUCCGCCGACGGCAAAAUGGACUUCGCAUCCAAGAGCGCGGUGUGGCAGCUCACACCCAAGGGGAUGUACAUUCUGCAACGGUUCUGCCAACGCAACGGUAUCAACCAAAGACACGUAUGCGAGGUUCUAGAGUCUCCGCGCAAUGUGAUGCACCUGGUAAUACUGGAAAGAGAGCACGACACAGACAAGCUCAGUCACGACCAAGCCACAAUCGAGGUCAUCUUCCGGAGAUUCGCUGGGGAGGGCGGACCGAACGCGAAGGCCAGCACAUCAGCCUCUGACUCUGAUUCUGUACACGAGUAUUCCACCGGCCUGGUGGGAGUAAAGAUGGCUCGGGAACGCAAGAUUGGGGACAAAGUUUACUGGAACACCUUCACCGGCAAGACAUCCGUAGACUGGCUCAUGGACUGCUGCACAAUGGUCGAUAAAAGAGAAACCUAUGAGAUCUGUACAAUGUUCAUCGAGUACGGGUUGAUGCGGCCCGUAGAUUCAGCACAGGCGCGCAACCACCGAUUUCAGCCCCUGAAGAGCGCCAUUUACUAUGUGACCGAGAAGGGGCAAAGAGUGGCCGGCUGGAUCUCAAGCCCAAAGAGCUCGGUAAAUGGAGACGUCCCCGUCAACAGACCGCGCGAAGGUGCAACAAGAGAUUCGAACGCCAACAGAAUGACCAUAAUCGUCCGUGAUCCGGCGCUACGCUUACUCUUCCGGGAGUUCCUGCGCGAUACUCACUGCGAGGAGAACCUGUCGUUUUACCUGGACGUGAAGGAGUUCCUGGACAACUAUGCUAUGACAAAGCAGAACGGCAUAACUCCCAAGCUGGAAGUGAUCAGAGAGACGUUGGCAGCAGCUUACAGCCUGUACAACGCUUUCCUCGCGCCGGGGUCGCCGUGUGAACUGAACAUCGAUCACUCACUACGCACUGCUCUCGCGGCACGCAUGACCAGAGCUGUCGGCGACAAUGAAGCUAUGAUUGUCAGCCUCGACGAAGUUGCCACGCUCUUCGAUCAAGCGCAAAACUCCGUCUUCAAGCUCAUGGCAAGCGAUUCUGUACCCAAGUUUAUGAGAGAACCGAAGUACAGCGCCAUUCUUCGGGAACGGAAUCUGGAGGCGGCGCUUGGCAGCAGCGCAUUACGCUCCACAUGA